CUUGUCUCGGCGCGCGUAGUGACCACCGCGAGCAGCGUGAAGGAACUGCACAAAGACCAGCUAGACUCGGCUACAGCAUCUAACAACCUCUGGCUAUCCGUGCAAGCCUUCAAUGGCCCAUAGUCGCAAAAAACCUACGGUGUGGCCUACCAUUGCCGGUACGACAUCUGAGGACGAGUUUUGGAGAGACGAUCCGUUCCGUGACACGGACUACUGGGUCGGAGCUGAAGAGAGCUUGAGAUCAGGCGACAAUGAAACCACUCCGACCGCUGGGCAACGACCUUCAAGCUCCCGGAGAACACGGUCGAGACAUAGUCCACGCAAGAGAGUGCUGGUUGAGAAGGGCAUUGGAGCUACCAACCUCGUGACGGAUGAGGAAACGCGCAACCAAGAUCCGUCUUCCAAGGGAAAGGGACCGUCGGUAUAUCGACGCGUCGGGGAAGUGGCGUUGUCUACAUUUCCGUCCAAGACGUCAAUCUCAAGCUUUCGCAGUUCAGACGGGUAUGAUACGGAUGAGGAUGAAGUGGAUCAGAUGCUGCAAGUCGAUACAGACGUAGAGGUCGAUUCGGAAUCGCUUUCUGCACUGAGCUCACGCAAACCAUCCUUCGAAUUCUCCGAGCCCUCGGUGUCCCGACUUACGUCCUUUACGUCGGUUGAGUCAAAUAUCCCGGCCGUCAAAGCACCCGCGACCGGGCGCAAACGGACGUACGAAUAUCCGAACCCCGAUGGCCCGCCCUCUCCUCUCAGUCCGUCCAAAAAGCGCGCAUCGCAGUCGGAGAGCGCACUGGGUGGCACCGCCGCGGGUUGCUCGAUCUCGUUCCCGCCUCCGAGACUCCACAUCACCCCGCAAACUCGCACUCGACCUCCCUCGCCCUCGAAGCCAUCUCCUGCGGAUGUGAGCCCGAGCCGUCGGGAUCGCUGGAUGAAAGAGAUACAGGAGGCACUGGCCGAUACGGCGAAAGUGGGGGAAGAUCCCAGCCGAGUAGACGUCACACCUCGAGCUACGAUCGCCUCGGCUGCCCCGUCUCGUGGACCGUCUUUCCGAGGCCCGUUCCGCAGUUCCAAGGACGUUGCCGCGAACACAUCGAGCGGCGCGCGGGCCCGCCAAGCGGGGCCCAUUGAACCCCCGAAUUGCAGUAUCAUCGCUCAUGACCGCAAGGUCCAACAGAUGAUGGACGUGAAACGCAUCUCGUGGGGCGUCCAGUACGAGCUCGCACGAGGAGUCUGCAGUGGUCGGUGGCAGUGGAACGACGUGACGGCUAAGAAGCUGGAUACUCUCAGAGGGACGGACAGCGAGGCCGCGCCUCGAGUCGAGUCAGUUAUGCUCGACGCGAAUGUGUCCAGAGGCGCAUAUGCAGCUAGUCUACCACUAUGGGUGGAGCUGGAUCGUGAGCAGGCAGCGCUCGAAGAAGGCACCAGUCGUGGCCUCGGUCUUCGCGGCGAGUGGAAGGGCGACCCGAAUUGGUACGGUGGCAAGAUCCGCCAGAUCGCCAGCGUCGUUGAAAGCGGCGACGGCUUCGUCCUUCGACUCAAGUCGAUGAUGAAGCGCAAGUCGAACCGCUUCGCGCGCUACUUGGGGUCGCGCCGGAUGCUGCAGGUAAAGCUGCCGGACGACAAGCUCAUGCGCAAGCGAGGCGACGACGUCCGUCGCUUCAUGCAGAGCAAGUUCGUUCUGUGCGGGCGGGUCUUCGCUGCGUUCGCCGCGAAGGACGGCAAAGUCUUCCUGAUGGAGACGAAGGAGGACUACGACCGGACGGCGGAUGGUGCCGAUCGCUCAAGAAUGUCUGUCGAAGAGUUGGUCCAGUGGCACAACCCUCUGGACUGUAACAGCAAUCAGCCCGUCACUAAGUGGGUCACUCGCUUUGACCUCGGACUGUCGGAUACAGUCCCGGCACUCGCAUUCAGAGGCGAGGGAGUUGAUAUAUUCUACAUUGACGAUGAGACCGCUCCUCAUGCAGGAGGGAAAGUACCUGCCGAGAAAAUACUGACGGACGGUUGCGGUUUUAUGAAUUGGGCCGCCCUGGCUGCUAUCGCGCGAGCACUCAAGUAUACCCGGUUCCCGACUGCUGUCCAGGGACGUAUUGCUGGCUCAAAGGGCGUGUGGACACUCCAUCCCCAUGAUCGAUCGCCUGACGACCCACCCAGGAUAUGGGUCAGGCCGUCGCAACAGAAGAUCAAGCAUCUCAAGCUUACAUUGUCUCAUUGUAUCUUCGAGCUCGUCGCGCCACCGCGUGUCUCUGUGCCGUCGCGCUUGUCACGGCACACUCUCAUGGUUCUGUCACACAACGCCGUGAGUGACGAGGCCCUUGUCUCGCUAAUGGAGGCCGGUAUCGAUGAGGAGGUCCGAGCGCUGAGUGCGUUCGACGACCCCCAUCUCCUUCGCGCGACUGUGGCGGAGGUUGGGCGCAUCUUCGCUGCCAGACUCCAGCGUCUUGCGUCGGGGUCAGCGCGUUUAUUUGGUCUCGGUCGCGAGUGGGGCCAAGACUCCGAUCAGCAGGAGGAAGAGGAAGACCCGGAGCAUGGUCAGCUAGGAACUCUGGUGGAUCGCAAUGAAUAUAGCGGCGAGCCGGUCAAGGUACAUGAGCGAGCUUCCGAGAUGCUGGCAGCGGGGUUCAGGCCGCAGGAGAACCCCAUACUGUUCAAAUCCCUUCGGGACAUCAUCUCCUACAGGAUCACUGAAUUAAUCAGGGAGUACCACAUCACUGUGCCUCGGUCUGCAGAUGCAUUCAUCGUCCCAGAUCCUUAUGGUGUACUUGAACCUGGUGAAAUUCACUUCAGGGCGUCAGAUGAUCUCAAGGAUCCGCUGGAUGGUCCUGGCGCCAACCAAAUCACAGGAAAUGUUCUGGUAUAUCGUAAUCCAGCAAGGCUCCCUGCAGACAUUCAGAAGGUCUCUGCAGUAGCUCACCCGAUGCUGAGUGACUAUGUGGAUGUCAUAGUAUUCCCAACGAAAGGGCCACGGUCACUGGCCAGUCUGUUGGCUGGGGGAGAUUAUGAUGGAGACACUUGUGUCUGCAUCUAUGAUGAGCUCCUUGUACAGUCCUUCGAGGGCUCUGCUACCACAGAUCCCCCUGAGAAUUUCCUGAAGGAUAACUUCCAAUCACAGGAGCAUAUCCAACAGGUAUCUGAGGUUCUGGAGGAUAUGAAGUCAUGCUCUACUAGCAUGAGAGAGCCAUGCUUGCAGCAGGCUCUCUUGGUUGGUAUGAUUAGCCCAAAUGUAGGACAGUAUUCAGUAUUCCAUGAAAACUCAGCCUACCUAUAUGGUCUUGCUCACAAGCAUACCCUUCAUAAUGCAUGGAUGUUCAACACAGUGUUGGACUCCAAGAAGACUGGCCUUAUUGUCAAGGAGUCUGUCUUUCAUGAAGACACCAACCACUACGGCCAUGCCCAACCUCCCUGCAUGAAACCAAUAGCUGGUGUUGAUGAAGAGACGGAGCAGGGACAUCUUGGAUACACCCGACCAUGUCCACAGAGAGAUCGCGGUCUACCUCCAUUCAUCUUGGACCAGCUCCUCACAGCUGGCAAGGCCCUCGAGACUCGGUUUCUCCAGAGUUUUGAGACCUUGCAACCUACAUUGGCUCAUUCAUUCGAUGUAGAUUUGUCAAAGCCCUGGGCUGAUGCUGACUCAUGGGCCACCAGGCUGCAGGAGCAGCGGAGGUAUGCAGAGCCACGCAAUGAUCUGCAGCAGAUCCACCGUCAUGUGGAGAAGCAUGUCCGGUUGUGGCAGCUCGCGGCUGGCAAAUCGACCGCAACACCGUCCCGCACUCGACGAAAGCGUACCGCGUCAGUCGCCAAGCCAUCCGACGAUUUCAAACUGAUCGCGAAGUCGUUCGCGGACGGUCCGGAGAACGUCGUCUUUUAUGACGUCAAGACGAUAUGUACACUCAAAGCGUCGUGUGCGUAUAAAACGAACCCGAAGUUCGCGUUCUCGGUCGCGUUUUACGACCUCUGUCGGAUCAAGGCCGAGUCGUUUGGCAUCGCACCGCAAACGCGGGAGUUCGCCGACAUGAUGGCGGUGCCUUCCUCAGUGAGGCGGAUCCUCACGCAGAAGGCAUCAGGAUUAUGACACGGGGCUCAGGUUUGCUUUCUUUGUUUCAUCAAUGGGCGUCGAACUUACCCUCGGCCAGACAUAACCAUACGAACAUA